AUGUCCCAACAAGCAGAAAGACGAUCCUCUUUGCCACCAAAUGUUACACCAAUCGUACAGGAACCGCAAGAGCAAAAAACAACAGAAGUGAAACGAUCAAGUGGCGAUGAAGUUGACGAGGAGAAAACGACUGAAAGCGACAACAAGCUGGCUAUGGAAUCGCAAUCUACUGAUCCUGAACAGAUUCAUUAUCCACCGGGUAGAACUAUCCUUGUUGGGGACAUUGUCCGGAAGCCAAGUGUCCUUGAAGAGACGUCUUUCAACACAGAUCAUCUCUCGCCGAUAAGCGAUGUUUCAAAGGCCUAUACCCAACGCCUUUCCCAGUUGAAGAGCGAACUUGGCUUGGAUGAGAUGGGUAACUCCAGCGCAGAACAAAAGGAAGACUCUAAAGAAGAGGAGCAGGCACCCCCUCGUGAUGAGCCUGAACGGGUAGAGUCCAACUCUCGGCCCACCUUCUAUCAGGAAGAACCGGAUGGCUCAUGUGACGAGAACGCUCAGAAACACAAACCGAUGAGCGAUGAGGCGCUCGUCGACGCGAUGUUCAACCCGGUGUUCGAGGGCGAGUCGAGCGAGAUGGCGAGUCUGGCAGCGGCCUCCUCAUCGCAAACCCUCAAUACUCAGGAUCGUCAAGGAGCGGAGAAGAGCGACGAUUCCGGCGAGCAUAAGCAGAGCUCAGGUUUUGAUGAUUGGUACGAUAACCCUACUGCGCCACCAUCGGAGGAGAAUGAGGUGAAAGACUUCGUUGAGGAGAUUCUCAGCCAAUCCAUGGAUGAAGCGAUGUUUUCAGCUUCGAAAAGUUUACGAAAUAAGGAGCAGAUGAAGCAGGAAUAUCUGAAACAUACGGACACGUCUUUCGAUAAAAAAUCGCACCCAGAUUUGGAGCCAGACACAUCCCCAAGUGAAGAGAUAAAGGACCCUCUUAUCGAGGCUGUUUUUACAUCCACCAUUGACAAGGAUCAAUUUAUGGAAUCAGUAAUUUCGUACCCAGCAUCAACCUCCUCAUCUCGUGUCACCUCCUCAGUCACUACCCCAGGUGUAAACCGAACUCUUGACGACUCAGAG